CUUUUUUUGUUGCCGAUCUUAACCUCAACCGACACGCGGAUCGGUUUUUCUUUGUGCCAGUGUGCACAGUGCCGUUAAUGUAACUCCAUUCACAUCAAUGUUUUUCUCCGCUUCUCACCCCAAAACGCUAAUUGUAUAAAAUCCUUCCUUUUCCUUUUUCUUCGCCCUUUCAUUUGCACCUGAUUUUCGUCGCUUUAAUUCUCUUCUACUCUUUCUUCCUUCAUUUUCUUUUUCCUUGGGCUUUUUUUUUGUUCACUCUCUUUCUUUAGAUUUGUUUUUUAAGCCUUUGCUUACUGUUAUUCGUUUAUUUUUUAUUGUUUUUGUUGCAAAAUGACGGAUAUUUCGUUUGAACAUUUUGACCCUGAACUCGAAUUGGGUAACCUGGAUGAAAAUGGACGACCUAUUCGUCCACGCAAAAAGCCCGGAAGGAAACCGAAUCCGCCUUCGCCGGCACAACGCAAAGCGCAAAAUCGAGCCGCUCAACGGGCCUUUCGUGAACGAAAACGUCGUGAGAUGCGUGAAGCCGAAAAUACUGUUAAACGUUGCAUGUAUAUCCGGGAUCAAGCAUUAAAAGAAGUCAAUAUGCUCCGCAAACGAUUAGACAUUUACCGAUACGAGAACAAUUACCUGAAAGGAUGCCUGUUAACCUUCAAAUUGGCUUGCAUUGCCAACCGAGUGGAUGUUCCCAAGUUUUGGGAUACCGGAAUGACUGAUGAACUCGGCGCAGAACGAUUAACGUUUUCGAAAACCAAAGGAAUUCCUCAGUCGUUGGAAUUCUUUCUCAACAAGCACAUGAAUAUUGUGGGUAUGAAUCAAAAUGAUCAUCCCACUUCGCCCGUCUCGGCCGACAGCCCAUGCUCCUCUUCCUUUGAACCCACAUCACCAUUUUCCUCUACCACGACCGGUACUUCCACCCAAGAAUCCCAAUUAUCCUCCAGUCCUCAAUCCUCAUAUUCCGCGAACAGCGCAGAUUCUUUUCUCAGCAUGGCGGAUCCUCCUCUAGCUCCUAAGCAGGAUACUCUCCAUGAUCAUCCGGAUCCGUUGCUGGACUUGCCUUCUUCACUUGACAUGAGCCAAGCUUUGUCUGCUUUGGCCCCCCAGCUGGCCAGCCACCUUGAAUCACCCUUCUUCCAACAUUUGCUCACGACAGACCUCGUCUCUGACCUUCUCUCCCACAUGAACCGCAUCGAUACACCCAUGAAUCUCUCAUCCUCCUCCUCCCCAUCUUCCGCAUUUGAUCUCUCCUCUUUUCUCUCUUCUGAUGUGCGCUCCAUGCUAUCGCUGGGCAUAACCAAUGACAAAAUUCCCACUUUAAAUGAUCCUUCUUAUGACAACGUAUCCCUUCGAGAGGCCAGUAACGAGUUCGGCGACCCACCUUCUCACGAAAGCUACUUGUCCGCUCUUGAAUCAGCGCAGGACGAUGGAAAGGAAGAGUUUCGCGAUGCCAAGACAGGCUUGGCAAGGACCACGACCGAAGCUCAGGACGAACCGAUCAGCGAUCCCACCCACCCCAAGCCAUCCUCAUGUGACAAAAAGGUGUUUCCGCCCAUGCCUUCCUUGGAUGCAGUACAACAUUUACGAGCCAUGAAAAAUCUCGAUGCUACCACUCGCGCUUUAUUCACUCCCACCGAACUGCAACGAACGAUUCCUCACGAUACUCGAAUUGACGUUGUACCGGGACCGGCAAUGCGCGAUCAUAUGAUUUUAUUCCAAGACUUUUACGACGCCAAUGAAUUAUUUGACUUUUUGAUUGAUUCGGCCAUUUUCUUGGGAGGCGAAUUAGGCAAUCCAGAUUGUUGGUUUGUGCCUCCCAGUUUUCUCAGUAAAUACUGGUUCCUGUGUCCCAACCAUAAACCGGAAAGGAUGGAUAAUGCAGUGGAAAUCAUGGUGGAGCUUGGACAACAAAUGAUCAAACACAUGUUUCAGCGAAAGCAAAUGUACAUCCAGCGUGAGCAGUACCCUGAUUACUUUCCCAACCCGGCCACCGACGCAUCGCAAAGUUUAUGUAACAACGUCAGAUCUCUGACAUUUGAAGACUCUUUGAUGACGGACGAGAUACCACUGGGUAAAAUGCGGACUCCAUAAUGGCAUGGAACGAUUUUGCACGAUCCAAUCAAUCUCACGCUUUUUCUGCUUCUAGAUGUUGUGAUGGAUCUCAUGGAAGGCAUACCAACAGGAACACCGAACACCGCCUUUGCCAUGUAAAGUCCAUGCAUUCCCACCUUUCUGGACAACCCAAUUCAUCUAUUUCAUACUGUAAUUUCAUUCGUUUUUGUUUCACCUUGUAUUUAUCGGUUGUAUACACACAAAUUAUACCAUCUUCACCUUUGUUCUAGUUUUAUUGUCCUUCCAAGGUUUCUCUGGUAACCCUUUUCUUAUUAUUAUUAUUCUUUUUGUUUGCAGAUUGAUAGUGAUCUGAUUAAAAGUUAUGCUGCGCAUUUCCCAUAAGACAGUAAAGAAAUU